AUGCCGUCGUCGCAGACAUCGCUGCCGCCGGUCGGGAGGCCGACUGCUCACGGCGGCUGGCACAAUCACGAUGAUCCAAGCACGCCGAGGGGCUUCUGCGCCAAGUACUUCUCCGUGGAGUCGUGCCUCCUGCUCGCCCUCAUCACCGUGCUGCUGCUGGUGCUCCCGCUCGUCCUGCCGCCGCUCCCGCCGCCGCCGUUGGCGGUGCUGCUCGUGCCGGUCGCGAUGCUGGCGGUGCUGCUGGUGCUCGCGCUCAUGCCGGCGGCGGCAGGUGCCCGGAACGAGGUCGUGGACGCGGCAUCGUACUUGUAG